UGUCCUGGACGACUUGCUGUAGUUGCCGGGUGUUGGAGGUCGGGCAUGCCCAUGAAGCAUCCACUGCGAAAUGCAAUGAAAGCACGGAAAAGAGUGUGAAUAACAUGAAAUUCCAGAGAAGUGUGCCACAAAUUACUAUUUAAAUAUGAUUUCCUGCUGAGCUGAUUAAUCGUAAAUUGAGGAGUAGCGCGUAGAAAACAGAGAGGAGCGCAGAAAACUGUGCGUCCGUUUUGUCCUACAAAGGCGCCGAGAGUUUGACAGCGGCAGGACUUCUGUGCGCAGGCCUGACGUUAGGUAAACUGCUGGAGGAGGACGGCAUCCAAAGGACUACAUGACAUUAUAAAGACAGUCCUUUCUGAAGAGGGAAGCAAGCUGAAACAUGAGAAAGGACGUGAGGAUACUACUUGUUGGGGAACCCAAGGUGGGGAAGACAUCACUGAUAAUGUCUCUGGUCAGUGAGGAGUUUCCUGAUGAGGUUCCUCUUCGAGCUGAGGAGAUCACCAUCCCAGCUGAUGUCACUCCAGAGAGGGUGCCCACACACAUUGUGGACUACUCUGAGGCAGAACAGUCAGACGAACAGCUGUACCAAGAAAUAUCAAAGGCAAAUGUCAUCUGCAUAGUUUACUCAGUCAACAACAAGAAGUCCAUUGAAAAGGUGACAAGCCACUGGAUUCCCCUCAUAAAUGACAGAACGGACAAGGAUAGCAGGGUACCAUUGAUCCUUGUGGGGAACAAGUCAGACCUGGUUGAACACAGCAGCAUGGAGACCAUCCUGCCGAUCAUGAAUCAAUACCAAGAUAUCGAGACCUGUGUAGAGUGCUCGGCCAAAAACCUGAAGAACAUCUCUGAGCUGUUCUACUACGCCCAGAAGGCUGUUCUCCACCCGACAGGACCCCUGUACUGCCCAGAGGAAAAGGAGUUGAAGCCUUCUUGCAUUAAGUCGUUAACUAGAAUCUUUAAAGUGUCUGAUCUGGACAACGACGGCAUCCUUAAUGACAACGAGCUCAAUUUCUUCCAGAGAACAUGUUUCAAUACACCACUGGCGCCUCAGGCCUUAGAGGAUGUGAAGAAUGUGGUCAGGAGGAACAUGACAGAUGGAGUCAAGGAUAACGGACUUUCACUCAAAGGGUUCCUGUUCCUGCACACCCUCUUUAUACAGCGAGGUCGACACGAGACCACCUGGACUGUGCUGAGGAGGUUUGGUUAUGACGAUGACCUGGAGCUCACACAGGAAUACCUCUUCCCCAUGAUAAAGAUGCCCCCAGACUGCACCACAGAGCUUAACCACAAUGCUUACCUCUUCCUCCAGAGUGUCUUUGACAAACAUGACAAAGACAGAGAUUGUGCACUGUCACCAGAGGAGGUGAAGGACUUGUUCAAAGUGUUUCCCUACAUGCCCUGGGGCCCGGAUGUCAACCACACGGUUUGCACUAACGAAAAGGGAUGGAUCACAUACCAGGGAUACCUCUCCCAGUGGACGUUAACAACAUAUCUAGAUGUACAACGUAGUUUGGAGUAUUUAGGUUAUCUUGGCUACUCUAUCAUCUGUGAACAAGAGUCCCAGGCAGCUGCUAUUACAGUGACUAGGAACAAGCGCAUCGAUCUGCAGAAGAAACAGACCCAGCGCAGUGUCUUUCGCUGCAAUGUCUUGGGGGCCCGAGGCAGCGGGAAGAGUGGUUUCCUCCAAGCUUUCCUGGGCAAGAACCUGCAGGGACAGAGGCGGAUUAGGGAAGACCACAAGUCCUUCUAUGCCAUCAGUACGACCUAUGUUUAUGGUCAAGAGAAGUACCUGCUGCUCCAUGAGGUCAUGCCAGAUUUUGACUUCCUGUCUGAGGCGGACCUAGCCUGUGAUGUGGUCUGCCUGGUGUAUGACAUCAACAAUCCACGCUCUUUUGAAUACUGCGCCAAAGUGUACAAGCAAUACUUCAUAGAUAGCAAGACGCCAUGCGUGGUGAUUGCAGCUAAGUCGGACCUGCACGAAGUACGGCAGCACUACAGUCUCUCACCACACGAGUUCUGCCGUAAGCACAAGCUCCACCCACCCCAGCCGUUCACAUGCAGUACGACCGAAGCACCCAACAAAGACAUCUACACUAGACUCACCACCAUGGCUAUGUAUCCCUCCAGCCAGCCCACCUGCUCUCUGUACAGUUUGACACAGCGAAGUGUGACCAGGCUGUGCCAGCUAACACACAGGCUGCUAGCCAGGGAGGUGACAGUGUGUUGGAAUCUGUGUGAAAAAUGCAUGAUGUUAUUUGCUUGUGCACUGCAAAUUAACUCCUAAUACUAACCCCCAUACAUAACACAAAUAUGUUGUAAAAUUGAAAAGCAUUUUCAUUUUAUUCAAGAAACACUUGAAAAGGAAAAAAAAUAUGUUUUUAAGUUUUGUGUGGUAAAAAUGUAUCAGGGAUUCCAGGUGUGAAUUCUGACAAACGGACCUAUUUAGAGUUGUUUGCUCCCUCUUGCCCUGCAGCGGAUAUGCAAACUGUAAAUCUGGACUAACAAGCAUAUUAUUUGGAUGGAGAAUGACAGAAACAAACUUUGGUUUGUGCUUAAUUCAAACUGAAAACCUCAUCAAUGUCUGCAUGUUUGCUAUGUGAUUUCUUUUCAAUCACAUAAAAGUAUUAAACUUAUACCUGUCUCUUAAUUUCUCUAUGCCACUACCCUUAAUGGAUGGAGUGAUUGAUUUAUUAUCUAUGAUGUUUUCAGUCUUCCUUUCUCUUCAUUUCGAUUCUCAACACUGAAGUCUACACCUACAGGAGACCCUUUUUUAUAAUUUCAAUUUUUAUUGACUUUUUCAAAGGAAUAUUACAGCAGGAGACACCUUAUUUUGAAAGCACAAUUGUAAUUGUACAUACAGUAUAUACUUAAAUAAAGACUGCUGUUCACUUGUUCUCCUGUGGGUUUAGACUUCAUACAUUUAACAGGCUGAUGUUUAGAAUCAAUCACAAUGUGUUGCGUUGAUGUUUACAUUGAUUGUAUUGUACUGUACCAAUCACCCUGUCAUUUCAUCCUGUUCUUAUUUUCUUGUAUUUCCCGUCUCUGUGUUUUUCCUUCCACUCUAUAGGUGUUCAUUUCCAUGUUUGUGGCUGCCCCUCUUCCUUUUUCUCUUGCACGUGUUCACCCUCUGCUAAUCUGUCUGCUGUUGUGUUGCAUGGCUAACCUGUUCACUACCUCUUUAGAUAACCAAAGGCAUGCCUCGGUCAUUAGCUGGGAAUAGAUUUCUCUAGGGAAUCUGUCCAAUUCUACAGUACAGAGAGCUUGGUGUUUUUAAAAUGAUUAAGGGGGGGGGGGUGUUAUUGAACCACAAUGCAGGGUUUGAAUGGCUGUUUAUGGUGUUGAAUUGUGUUGUGUGUUUUCAUAUUUUUGGCAAAUAAGUGAUUAUUGUUAGCCCAACAAUGGCAUAAAAUGUAGGGCUUCUGGUUGGGCGUUCAUGGGCCCAGGCAGAGCUGCAUACUAUACGGUGCAUCCAGUACUAACCCUUUGUCUUGGUACUUUUUUUAACCUCUGGGAGUUGUUGACAACAUUCAUAGCAUAACACUUGAUGGGCCAGGGGGCCGAAACACCACAUUGAAUGCCGACUGGUUUUCUGAAAAGUGGAUUGGUUGACUGGGUUAGAUGAUGUUAUUUUAAUUUUACAUACGGUAGUAUGACAUUGUAAUCGAAGUCAUCUUGCAUAGUGUGCAAUACUGAAAUAACUUCUUAGGUCACCAAAAUUACAAGCAACAAUAGGAAAUUGUGUCGGGCCACUUAAGAAACUUAGUUCAGAGGGAAAAUAAAAUGUAGAGUCUUUUAACGAUUUAUUUUGGUUGCUCUUUAAUUUGUUAAAAAUCAGAAAAUCCCUACUAAAAAAGUGCCGUGUGUCUGUAUUAUGUAAGGGUCAGCCGUAGAGAAGGUAGGCACAAACUUAAGACAACUGGAGAUGUACUAUAUUUCCCAAGAAACUUGCACUCUACUCAAAUAAAUGACGAGAUUCACUCUUGAAAUGCUCAA